AGCGAGUUCCAGUUUCGAACGAGCCACCGAGAAAGAAGUUUCAACUGCUCCGCUUUUUGGUUACCCUUCGAAAAGUGAGCGGUAUGACGGUCACUUAUGCAACAACAGCUCCCGCCGACGGCAAAACGGAAACCAACUUUGCACCACCUCCCCCAUGCGGCAGCCCAGGAUGUGCGCCACAGCCACAGCCACAGCCACAGCCAGCCCAGACGGUGACGGUGACGGUUACAAAUACGCGUUUUAUGCGGAAUACAAGUCGUAGAUCGCUGACGCCCUCAGUACUUUUCUGGUUUCUGGUCUACGGAGGCAUGGACUUGGCCCAAAGUGUGGGCUGGAAUCAGACCGUUGGCGUUUUUCUGAUAACGCCGGAGUUUCAAUACAGCUGGUUUAUCGGUGUCAUCAUUGGAGCCUGUGUGGCUGCACUCACAAUGACAUUCCUGCCAAAGGUCGCGUAUUAUCUCCUGGGUGGCAUUAUGCAGCUGACGGGUGCCAUUGUCUUCACGUCUGCCCCAAACGAGUACACAGCACUGCUGGCCGCCCGCUAUGUGGGCGGAGUGGGCAUUGGCCUAAUCACAGUGCCAUUCCUCAUACACAUCGGCGAGAUAUCCACACUGCAACGCGGCUUUGAGUCAGGAAUGGAACAGCUUGCCUUGGCCAUGGGUCUCUUCAUCCAAGUGACCUACGACACGGAAUGGUCACUGGACGAUUCCACGAACCUGGCCCACGGCAUUCUGGGUAUUGUCUUUUCGGUGAUUGGCUUGCUGGUUACCCUGGUGUCCGUGGAGUCGCCCAUCUUUUAUAUACGCCGCAACCAGGAGGAGAAGGCGCUACAGUGCCAGAAAAUGCUCGUUGCAGAAAAUCUGCCGGCAACCGUGAACGCGCUGUUCGAGGAGGCCAGGCUGUAUGUGGUGGAGAGCGAGAGCCGGAGCCUCGGCGAGGAGCUGUCCGCUUCCGUGAUGCCCUUCUGCAAGCUCUUUUUCUUCCGCUGCUUCGUGGCGUUCACCCUCUCCCUGCCCCUGACUUGGUCCAUCGUGGAAAGCACGGCCACCUCUGAGGGCACAGUCGACGCCUGGCCCCUCUAUUUGUAUGGUGGAUUGCGUGUCCUCAGCACCUUAAUCGCCGCCUGCGCCGUGGACCAUCUCGGGCGCAAGGGCGUCUCGCUGCUGGGUCUGCUCUGCAUGGCCGGCCUAAUGCUGGGCAUGGGAGGGAUAUAUGCCACUCCGGCCAACAUGUAUACGUACGUGUACUACAUGGGGCAGGUGUGCAAUCUGGGACUCGCCUUCCAGGCCUUUGCCGGACUCUUCAUCUGCAGCUCCUGCCCCUAUAUGGGCGAGGCGUUUCCCAUGAGAGUCAAACCCUUCUUGGUGGGCCUCAUCGUUUCCUGCGAACAGGUGAUCCACAUCAUUGUGAUAGUCGCCUUCAAGCCCACAACGGAGUACCUGUACCAGUACUUCCUCAUCGUGGGCAUUAUCAUGCUGCUGGGCCUGAUUUUCUUUGCCAUUGCCAUGCCGGAGACAAAGAAACUGACGUUGCGAAAGGCUGGCGAGCUCUUCCAGAGAGUGCAUAAUGUUAGACCCUACUAGAAACAAUUGUCGUACGAUCG